AUGUGCAUCGUCUUUGUAUCCAUGUCGCACCCAGACUACCCCCUCAUCCUCGCCGACAACCGCGACGAGUUCAUCCUCAGACCCACGUCCCGCCCGCACUGGUGGACGCACACAUCGCCCACCAACGGCCACACAACGCGCAUCCUCUCGUCGCGGGACCUCCACCGUCCCGAGCGCGGCACAUGGCUCGGUGUCACGGAAACGGGGCAGAUCGCCGUGCUGACCAACUAUCGCGAAGUGGACGCCGCUGGCCCCUCGCCCAAGGGACGCCGGAGUCGCGGCGGCAUGGUCACGGGCUUCCUCUCGGAGCCGCCGGCCGAGUACAUCGGCGACAGUGUCCGCCGGCUCGUGGAGGAGGGCGAGGGCGUCAAGGGCGUGGGCGGGUUUAGUAUGGCCUGUGGCAAGAUGGCGCGACGGGGGGAUGGGUUUGCUAUUGUGUCGAAUAGGGCGGAUACCCUGGGUGACGUGCCCAUUGUGCCGGCGGGGCAGGGACGGUGCUGGGGCUUGACGAACACGACAUUUCGGAACGGCGGGACGUGGCCGAAGCUGAGGGAUGGGUUGACGCCGUUUGACGAGAUUGUGGAGGGGACUCAAGGAGCCGCCAAGGGCGAAAAGGCCGAGGGGGCGCUGCUGGAGAGGCUGUUUGCGCAUCUGAGUCGGGAUACGCUCGUGGGGCACGAGGACAGGAGUCUGGCGGAGAACAUUCAGGAUCUGAAGACGAGCAUCUUCAUACCCGCCCUGGGCGGGGCGAAGCAGAGGGCGGAGAUGGAGGAGGCGAGGGCCCAGGGGAGGGGGACGUGGCCGACGGAUGAUGAGCUCGUGGCCGAGGCGCCGGAGCACGGGGUAGUGACAGGGGAGCAGAGCCAUGAGGAUGUGGGUUUCGAGAGGGGGAUGUAUGGGACGCAGCGGCAGACGGUGGUGAUCGUGGAUCGGGAGGGCCAGGUUGUGUUUGUGGAGAGGGCAUUGUGGGAUGCGAAUGGGCAUGCUAUACCCAAAGGCGAGGGGGAUGUUGUGUUCAGGUUUGGGAUAAAGGGGUGGGCAGGUUGA